AUGGCAGAUUCGAAACUGGUGAUUCCAUUGGAAUCAAAUCCUUCUAUUUUUACAGAGCUUUCUUACAAGUUGGGCCUCUCGCCAAUAUUACAAUUCCAUGAUGUCUACUCCUUAACAGACCCUGAGCUCUUGUCAUUUUUACCCCAGCCAAUAUUUGGAAUUAUACUAUUGUUUCCCUUGACUCCAAACUAUGAAGCCUAUAGGAAGGAGAAAGAUGCGGAAGCUGGUACAUACGAAAACGAGAACCCGAACAUACAUUGGUUCAAGCAAACGAUUGGAAAUGGUUGCGGAUUGUACGCAUUAUUACACUUGUUGGCGAAUAUUCUGACCGAUUUGACAUUAAGCCAUCUGCAAAUAAACGAUUUGGUUACCAAGAUUCAGGGCAGAAACCUAUCUGUGGAAGAAAUCAGCUUAAUUGUUGAAGAGUUGGAAAAGAGCAUUAAACUUGAUGAGCAGUUUGGCUCCAAAGGACAAACGGAGGCACCUCCAUUAGGUGAAGCGGUUGAUCUUCAUUUUAUUAGCUUCAUUAAAGGUAAGGAUAAUCACUUGUAUGAAUUGGACGGAAGGAGAAAAGGACCAAUUGACUUGGGUGAAGUUGGUGCUACUGGCAAGGACAGCAUUAUCAAGGAACAAAAGUUGAUUGAGAAGAUUCAAUUCUACAUCGACAAUGCGGAUGAGAAAAACAAGCAUAACUUUGCCUUAAUGGCACUAGGUCCAACGUUAGAUUAG